ACUAGUUCGCGUCUUGCGAGGGGGCUGCGAUGUAGUGUUUUUAUUCGCAUGUCUUUUGUUGGCUGCUCGUUGAGAGCCGAAUUUUUUUCGGCUGCAUUCUUUGUGAGCACGCGUUUGGAGAACACUCGCGAAGCAUCAGAAUAAAGAGGAGUGCUUAAGAGGUGUGUUCAUUCUGCCAUACAAGUCUUCUGUAUGCAGAGGCUGCUCUGAGCAACUGUGAAGCUCAGAAAAUGCUGAUGCUGCCCAUUCAUCAGGAGCUGAAGAUCCAGCAGACAUGAAGCCAUAUCUGUCUCAAUUUGAUGCUUUGAACAGGAAGAACCAAAGUCUUUCGUACUUUGCAGCCAUUGGUGGUGAAAUUGAGACAUUGAAAAGCCUUUCUCAGGAGGGAGAAAUCACCAACUUCUACAGUUAGCUGAUUAUUGUUCUUUACAUAGACAUGGUGGUAACCGAUAUGCCAUACUUCUUUGCGAUAAAGCACCAUUGCACUUUGCGUGGAGUACUGAUGUCAUCCAAGCGUUGAAUGCAGCCUUCAGGACCUUUGCUGUGGGAAACAGUCCUGGCUCGGCCCAUUUGACCGUGCGUUUCCUGUCUGUUAAGACAAGUGAUGAUAAGGAGUUGUUCCCAAAUCACACUGUCUCAGUGUACGAUUCCUCAGUCGCAUCCAGACACCUUUCCUGUUAUUCCAAUAUGGAAGCUCGAGCAGACGGGUAUACCUAUAAUGGUAAAAAAGAGGAGCCUUCCACCACAACUAUUACCUCAACAGCAACAGAUGUAGUGUCUUCCAGCAGCCCCUUGCCUGGUAGUGAACAGGGUUUGUCUUCAAUGGCUGAAAGUUCUACUCUAAAUGGCUCAGCUUCAGACACACACGGCGAAGAUGCUCUAUCAGAAGAGCCCCUUCGCAAGCGUCGGCGGAGUAGCAACGACAGCACUAAUGGCACCCUCACACCUACAAGCAAAGGGCGUUCUUCACGUGGUGACAAAGCUAGGGCUUCAGAUAGUGAUGCUCAGUGCCCUCGUAAACGAGGUAACAAUUCAAGUUCAGAUACAGAAAGUGGGCCCAGUGAGCAAGAGAUGGACGGUGAUCCCUCCACCCAGGACUCUUAUGGAAAUGGACAUUCUCCCAAGGUGCCGCCACUCAAGAUAGUGCUGCCUUCAAGUGGCACUGGUAACCUUGAAGGUGCUGAACCAGCUGGUGGUGCCAACUCCAAGGAGCGCAAGGUUUCCUCAAGUAAACCUGCUUUGCCUUAUGUAGUGAAUGCAACGGAGUCACUGAGUGAAGGAUCUCCUAGUGAGCAGGCUGUUGAAGAAAAAGAGCGACGGCGAGAAGAAGAGCGCUGUCAGCGAGUCACGCGCAGCAGCCACAGGGCUGCCUUGACCCAUGAUGAUGAAGGGGAGGAUGCACCCGAGGUACAUCCUCGAAAGCGCAAGCUGAGGGCUCGAGAGGAUCAGCAGCAGCCACAACAACAGCAACAUUCACCCCAGCAGCAGCAGCAGCCACCCCAGCAGCAGCAGCCAGCCCAGCAGCAGCAGCAGCCACAGCAGCUGACUCAGCAGCCGCUACAGCAGCGACAGCAACAGCAAGAGCAGCAGCAACAGCAGCAACCACUACAGCAACGACAGCAACAGCUGGAACAGCAGCAGCAACAAGGAGGUGUAGCAUCUCCUGAAGAGUCUCCACCUCCCAUGGAGGAAGUGAGUCAGCCAGUCACCAAUGGUUUUCAGAUGUAUCUGGACAUUCGCAAACAAGUGGAGAAGCGGCGUCAGGCCAUGCUUGUAGUGCACCCGAAACCACCCCAGGGUUUCAAGGACUAUCUUCUCAAUCGUGGCUCUUAUGUCCUGGAAGGAAAUCCCUCCUCACGUCUCUCUGUGCCUAUGAUUCCUCUGCCACAGUCUCUUAGUGGCUCUCCGAUGCGGGAUCUGUUUCUAGACCAGGAACGAGAACGGUACAAAUUGAGGUUGCAGCACCUGAUUGAACGGGAGAAGUUGGUGUUAUCAGCUGAGCAAGAAAUUCUUCGUGUGCAUGGACGGGCUGCCCGUGCAAUUCAAAAUCAGGCUGUGCCUCUGUCCGCUUGCAGCAUUCUCAGGGAUGAGGAGAUCUACAAUGUUCUAAAGCCAGAACAGAUUUGUGUCAAAACUCCGGAAUCCAUCCCUGACAAGAAGGAUGAUAAGGACAAAAACGUGCGAUCUAGAUAUAAUGGACGUCUCUUCUUGUCAUGGCUGCAGGAUGUCGAAGACAAGUGGGAAAAAACAAAAGAAAAAAUGCUACUUCGGCAGCACAAUGAAGCAGAAAGCUUGCAUGCUGUUCAGAAGCUUGAUUGGGAGUGGAAGCUUAAAGAACUUGGCCUUUGUGAAGUGAAGGCAACACCUGUCAUCGACGACAUUUGCGUGCCCAGUGUGCAUGUUAGCGACGAGUUUGAUGUGCUGCCUGCAUGACAAGGCCUGUUGGUGAAGACAUGCCUGAUGGACUGCUGUGGGAGUGUGUGUGAAGUUCAGAACCAUGAAGACUUUCUCAACACAGAGAUAGUAUUCGCAGAACUGGGUGUUUUAACUCAACAUGCUGAUUCACAAGACCUUACAAUUUUUACUAAACAUUCAGCAAGUGCAUGGUCACCAGCUAGGUAGGUAUAAUUCUACAGUCUUCUGCAGCUGCAGUUGUGUGGAAAUAAGCCCUGGCCUCUUAACUUUCUCUUAAAUUAUGCAGGGUUUCACAAACGUUUUGUGCAGUUGGGCUUGCUGCCAGUACAUAAACGGAAAAUAUUGGACAAUUCACUAGUGUCUAUUGAAAACAGAAUGGGUUGACACCACUAUUGUCCGUUUAGGAAACUUGUGAUAUUUGCUUGGAGGCCAUUGUGCAGUGGUGCAUCGUAAUCAUUAGAGCCUGGUUUCAAAUUUUUUCAUUUGUCAAAUAUGGUAGCUUUAAUAAGAUUUUUGUAUGUAGAUGUUAUGCUGUGGAACUCUCUGAAUGUGUCAACUUGUUGCUCCUGCAGUAUCUGCAUGAUGCUGUACUUCUGUGAAAAGGUUUCAUUUAUGGACAAAAGAAUAUUGCUGUUUUAAUAUCUGGUGUAUCAGUCAAUGUUUUGAAUGUUUACAGUUGUUUAUAGACAAUGGCGGCAUUGACAGUGUUCAUCCCGGUUUUAGACAUUUUUUCAACUACAUGUGUAAAUAAACAUUCUCACAGAGUUGUCCUUUGCUCGUGUU